AUGGCUCGUACCAAGCAGACUGCUCGCAAGUCCACCGGUGGAAAAGCCCCUCGUAAGCAGCUCGCAUCGAAAGCUGCGCGCAAGACCGCUCCCACCGCUGCCGCUGGUGGUGUGAAGAAGCCCCAUCGUUUCCGUCCUGGAACUGUCGCUCUCCGAGAAAUUAGGCGUUACCAGAAGUCGACAGAGCUCCUUAUUAGGAAGCUGCCAUUCCAGCGGCUUGUUCGUGAAAUUGCACAGGAUUUUAAGACCGACUUGCGCUUCCAGUCGUCGGCUGUCAUGGCCCUUCAGGAGGCUGCUGAGGCUUAUCUUGUCUCUCUGUUCGAAGACACCAACUUGGCUGCUAUUCAUGCCAAGCGAGUGACAAUUCAACCAAAGGAUCUUGCUCUGGCCCGCCGUCUCCGUGGCGAGAGGAGUUAA